AUGGGCGGGGUGGGUGGCGGAAGGGGCGGGCUGGGGGUGGUUGUUCCUGUGAGCCCUUUUCCGGUGGCAGGGGCCGGAAGUUGUGGCCCGGCUGUGUCAACCCGGGGGCUUCGGGCUGUGAGAGCGGCUGAGACCGCGACCAUGGGCGGGAAGAACAAGCAGAGGACCAAGGGGAAUCUGAGGCCUUCAAACAGUGGCCGAGCUGCAGAACUCCUUGCCAAGGAACAGGGAACAGUGCCUGGAUUUAUUGGUUUUGGAACAUUUCACAGUGACCUAGGCUAUGUUCCUGCUAUUCAAGGAGCUGAAGAAAUAGACAGUCUUGUGGAUUCUGAUUUCCGAAUGGUGCUGCGGAAACUUUCUAAGAAAGAUGUCACAACAAAACUAAAAGCUAUGCAGGAAUUUGGAACCAUGUGUACAGAGAGAGACACAGAAAUUGUAAAAGGGGUUCUUCCAUACUGGCCAAGAAUUUUCUGCAAAAUUUCACUUGAUCAUGACCGCCGGGUUCGAGAAGCCACACAGCAAGCUUUUGAAAAACUUAUCCUUAAAGUAAAGAAACACUUGGCUCCUUAUUUAAAAAGUUUAAUGGGUUAUUGGCUGAUGGCUCAGUGUGAUACUUACACACCAGCUGCCUCUGCAGCAAAAGAUGCCUUUGAAGCAGCUUUCCCUCCGAGCAAGCAACCUGAAGCCAUAGCAUUUUGUAAGGAUGAAAUCACAAGUGUGCUACAGGAUCAUCUUAUCAAAGAAACACCUGAUACCCUCAGUGACCCACAAACUGUUCCAGAGGAAGAGAGAGAUGCUAAAUUCUACCGAGUCGUAACUUGUUCCUUAUUGGCAUUAAAGAAAUUGCUUUGCCUGUUACCUGAGAAUGAGCUUGACUCUCUGGAGGAGAAAUUUAAGUCUCUUUUAUCACAGAAUAAGUUUUGGAAGUAUGGAAAACACAGUAUACCUCAGAUCCGCUCAGCCUAUUUUGAGUUGGUUUCUGCUUUGUGCCAGCGUAUUCCACAGUUGAUGAAAGAUGAAGCAUCCAAAGUGAGCCCGUCUGUUCUUCUUAGCAUCGAUGACAGUGACCCUGUUGUAUGCCCAGCUCUCUGGGAAGCUGUACUUUAUACACUUACAACUGUUGAGGACUGUUGGCUUCAUGUAAAUGCAAAAAAAAGUGUGUUUCCCAAGCUGUCAGCUGUGGUUCGUGAAGGAGGUCGGGGUCUGGCUACUGUCAUAUAUCCUUAUCUUCUGCCCUUCAUCAGCAAACUCCCUCAGUCCAUUACAGAUCCAAAGUUGGAUUUCUUCAAGAAUUUUCUCACCUCGCUAGUUGCAGGGCUAUCAACGGAAAGAACCAAAACCAGCUUUUCAGAGUGCUCAGCAGUGAUAUCUGCUUUUUUUGAAUGCUUACGUUUUAUAAUGCAACAAAACUUAGGGGAGGAAGAGAUAGAAGAGAUGCUCGUCAAUGAUCAGUUAAUUCCUUUUAUUGAUGCAGUUCUCAAAGACCCAAAGUUGCAAGAUGGGCAGCUAUUUAACCAUUUAGCAGAAACUUUAAGUUCCUGGGAAGCCAGAGCCGAUUUGGAAAAAGAUGAUAAAACAGCCCGCAACUUGGAGAAAGUGCUGCUGAAUUUCUGGGAAAAACUAUCAGAGAUCUGUGUUGAGAAAAUCAACGAGCCAGAAGCCGAUGUUAAGUCUGUUUUGGGUGUUUCUAACCUAUUGCAGGUCCUUCAAAAGCCGAAGAGCUCCUUGAAGUUGAAUAAAAAAAAAGUUGGUAAGGUUAGAUUUGCUGAUGAGAUGCCUGAAAAUAAUAAGGAGAAUGAAAAAUGUGUCUCCUCAGAGGGAGAGAACAGUGAAGGCCCUGAGUUAAUGGCUGAACCUUCUGUCUCUCCGAGUUGCUCCAACUGUAUAUCCCCGCUGAGGAAAAAACCUUUGGAAGACUUAGUCUGUAAAUUGGCAGAGAUGAGCAUUAAUUACGUCAAUGAACAGAAGUCGGAGCAACAUCUCAGGUUUCUUUCCACCCUGCUCAACUCGUUCUCGUCAAGCCAAGUGUUUAAAGUGCUGCUAGGUGAUGAAAAACAGAGCACUGUCAGAGGCAAGCCUCUUGAAAUAGCCAAACUUGUACAAAAAAAUCCCGCGGUACAGUUUCUAUACCAGAAAAUAACAGGUUGGCUAAAUGAAGAUCAAAGGAAGGAUGCCGGUUUCCUGGUGGACAUUCUGUACAGUGCCCUCUGUUGCUGUGAUAGUAAUGUGGAAAGAAAAGCCAUUCUGGAUGAUCUUAUUGAGGUGGAGCUGAAGUGGAACUCUGUUCUUCAGAUCAUUGAAAAGGCAUGCUCUAGUUCAGAUAAUCAUGCUUUAGUAACACCGUGGCUCAAAGGAGAUAUCCUUGGAGAGAAAUUGGUAACCUUGGCAGAGCAUCUUUGUAACAAAGACUUGGAAUCCACAGUAUCUUCUGAACCUUACUUCUCAGAAAGAUGGACUCUUUUAAGCUUGGUGUUAUCCCAACAUGUUAAAAAUGAUUACUUGAUUGGAGAAGUUUAUGUUGAAAGAAUUAUUGUUAAACUUCAUGAAACUUUAUCCAAAGCAAAGAAAUUGUCAGAAGCUGAAAAUAAUGACUCAUCAGUGUCUUUUAUCUGUGAUGUGGCCUAUAACUAUUUCAGCUCAGCGAAAGGAUGCUUGCUAAUGCCAUCAUCUGAAGAUUUAUUAUUAACUCUCUUUCAGUUAUGUGCUGAGAGCAAAGAAAAAACACAUUUGCCAGACUUUAUCAUCAGUAAACUAAAAAAUACUUGGCUCUCUGGUGUGAAUUUAUUGGUUCAUCGAACUGGCGACACAUUUAAACAGAGCACUUUCCUACGUUUAUCUGCUCUGUGGCUGAAGAACCAAGUUCAGUUUUCGACUUUGGAUGUCACAAGUCUUCAGGUGCUCUUGUCUGCUGUUGAUGAUUUGCUAAAUGUGCUUCUAGAGAGUAAAGAUGCCAAUCUCCUGGGAGCUUAUAUUGGAAGUGUAAUGCCAGACAACAGCGAAUGGGAAAAAAUGAGACAGUCUCUUCCCGUUCAGUGGUUGCAUAGGCCUCUUUUAGAAGGAAGAUUGAGUUUGAAUUAUGAGGGUUUCAAAACAGAUUUUAAAGAGCAAGAUACAAAGAAACUUCCCAGCCAUUUGUGUACUUCAGCAUUAUUGAGCAAAAUGAUAUUAGUUGCACUGAAAAAGGAAACAGCCCUAGAAAAUAAUGAACUUGAGAAAAUAAUUGCAGAACUGCUCUAUUCAUUGCAGUGGUAUGAAGAAUUAGACAAUCCGCCUGUUUUCCUAGCUGGAUUUUGUGAAAUGCUUCAGAAAAUGAAUAUCACGUAUGAUAACUUAUGUGGACUUGGUAAUACUUCCGGCCUUCUGCAGCUGUUAUUUGACAGAUCCAGGAAAAACGGCACCCUUUGGUCUCUCAUUAUUGCUAAAUUGAUCCUUUCCCGAAGUGUUUCAUCUGAUGAAGUAAAACAGCAUUAUAAGAGAAAAGAAGGUUUUUUUCCACUAACAGAAGGUAAUAUGCAUACUAUUCAAAGUCUCUGUCCAUUUUUGUCAAAAGAAGACAAGAAAGAAUUCAUUGCUGAGUGUAUACCUGCCCUUUUGGCCUGGACCAAGGAAAAUGUUUGCCAUAUUAAUGGAGGUUUUGGACAUCUUGCCAUUUUCAAUUCUUGUCUGCAGACCAAAAGCAUAGAUGAUGGAGAGCUAUUACAUGGUCUAUUAAAAAUUCUGAUAACUUGGAAAAAAGAUCACGAAGAUAUUUUUCUUUUCAGUUGUAAUCUGUCAGAAGUAAGUCCAGAGAUACUGGCUGUAAAUAUAGAAAUAAUCCGUUUCCUUUCCCUGUUUCUGAAAUACUGCUCAUCUCCUUUGGCAGAGAGCGAAUGGGACUUCAUCAUGUGUUCCAUGUUGGCUUGGUUGGAGACAACAAAUGAGAAUCAGGCACUGUAUUCUGUUCCACUUGUACAACUGUUUGCCUAUGUCAGCUGUGAUUUGGCCUGUGAACUCAGCGCUUUUUUUGAUUCCACAACUCUGGGCACCACUGGCAGCCUUCCUGUAAAUCUAAUCAGUGAAUGGAAAGAAUUUUUUUCUCCUGGCAUCCACAGUUUGCUUUUACCUCUUUUGGUGACUGCUACAGGAGAAAACAGAGAUACAUCUGAAACAUCAUUUCAGAAUGCAAUGCUGAAGCCCAUGUGUGAAACAUUAACUUAUAUCCCAAAGGAUCAGCUAUUGAGUCAGAAACUCCCUGCAAGAUUGAUUGCUGGUCAGAAAACAAACUUGCCAGAAUACCUCCAGACUUUGUUAAAUACAUUAGCCCCAUUACUCCUUUACAGAGCUCGGCCUGUGCAAAUUGCCGUCUAUCAUAUGCUAUACAAAUUGAUGCCUGAAUUCCCACAAUAUGAUCAGGAUAAUCUAAAAUCAUAUGGAGAUGAAGAAGAAGAACCAGCCUUGUCGCCACCAGCUGCACUGAUGUCUCUUCUUAGCACUCAAGAGGACUUACUAGAGAAUGUUUUGGGAUGUAUUCCUGUUGGACAGAUAGUUACUAUCAAGCCACUGAGUGAAGACUUCUGUUAUGUUCUGGGGUACCUCCUCACGUGGAAAUUAAUACUUACUUUCUUCAAAGCUGCUUCAUCUCAGCUUCGAGCUCUGUAUUCAAUGUACCUUCGAAAAACAAAAAGUUUGAAUAAAUUGCUUUAUCACCUGUUCAGGCUUAUGCCAGAAAAUCCAGCCUUUGCAGAGACAGCUGUUGAGCUCUCCAAUAAGGACCCUCGAACUUUCUUUACAGAGGAGCUCCAGUUGGGUAUUAGAGAUACCUCAGCUCUUCCCUACCAUAUUCCACACUUGGCUUGUUCAGUCUAUCACAUGACAUUAAAAGACUUGCCAGCCAUGGUUAGGCUGUGGUGGAACAGUAGUGAGAAGCGUGUUUUCAAUAUCGUAGAUAGAUUUACCAGCAAGUAUGUUAGCAGUGUUCUUUCGUUUCAAGAAAUAUCUUCUGUACAAACAAGUACACAGCUGUUUAAUGGCAUGACGGUUAAAGCUCGAGCUACUACUCGAGAAGUCAUGGCCACUUACAGCAUUGAGGAUAUAGUGAUUGAACUUAUAAUACAGCUGCCUUCAAAUUAUCCACUGGGCUCAAUAACAGUGGAGAGUGGGAAAAGAGUUGGAGUGGCUGUGCAGCAGUGGCGAAACUGGAUGCUUCAGCUAAGCACUUACCUCACCCAUCAAAAUGGAAGUAUUAUGGAAGGCUUAGCAUUAUGGAAAAAUAAUGUAGACAAACGUUUUGAGGGUGUUGAAGAUUGCAUGAUUUGUUUCUCAGUCAUUCACGGUUUCAACUAUUCUCUUCCCAAAAAAGCCUGUAGAACGUGCAAAAAAAAGUUCCAUUCAGCUUGUUUGUACAAAUGGUUUACAUCCAGCAACAAAUCCACUUGUCCACUCUGUCGCGAGACCUUUUUCUGAGAUUUUUUUUUUCCCCUCAUUGGAAUUGAUCCCUGAAGAAAUUCAAGCAAAGGCAGUGGAUUUGGAUUCAUCUUGAAGUGCUGAUGUGAGGAG